GUUCUUUGCAGAGCAGCGUUGUGUUGUGAGAAAUAAAAAUGAUACGAAGGUAAUUAAAACUGCGAGCAGUUCUGCUUUAAAAUUCCGUUUCACCCACUUCCCUGGCAUCACAUUGUGUCUCAGCACAGGGGGCAGCCUGUAAAUCUGUUAUUAAAUUUCACAACUACCUGAAGUUAAAAACAAACAGCAGGAACCUUUUGAACUUCUUUUUUUUUGUAUCAGAGAGCUGACACAUUACUCGUUGUAUUACAUUUGAAUUAAUGGUGUUGACCUGAAUGAUUUUAUGCAAACAUUUGGCCUCAGUGAGCCUGCAAAAGCGAAAUCCUCAAAGUGAAGUAUCUUCAAAACUCCUACAGAAACAUUAUCUAUUGAUCUAUCAAUUAUUAAAGCAUUUUUUAAAGCAAAAAUGUACACUCUACCUUCCCAAAUGCUGGUUUAAGUAUUCUUCAAUUCAUUUUUUAUAGUCUGUGGAUUGUCAGUCACAGUUUGGAGAAGUUGUGAUUACUAUUUUACACUAUUUUACAAAGAAAGACACUAGAUUAAUCAAUAAUCAUUAGUUUCUCCAAAAUCCAAAGUGCAGAGACAAGUAUUAUUCCUCUAUUGAGACUGUUUCCUGAAUAGUCCUUGUGUUAUUUAUGAUCAUGAACACAUUUUCCCCAGAGAUAUGAGAAAAAUCAGCACAGUGAAUUUAGAUUCUAAAAAAUAACACAGAACAGUAGAUUUUGUAGACUUGUACAAUAUAUAUCUGAGCCUGUGCACUCAAAUGAGCUUUGUUCCUCGGUGGUGUUCAUGUGGAUUAACAGGCUCAAAAAUAUUCCUGGCUGUUUUCCUAGUGAUUGCUCACCAUCUUUCAGUUUAUUCUCUGGAGAACUCUAUUGCAGCUUAGACCCACUGACCUCGUGAAGUUUGAUUUACGGAAGUCUGGUUCCUGUUUCAUGUCCAUAUUUCUGUACUGGUCGUGCUGGAACAUAUCACAGCCGUGCAUUUGCAUUCAUUUAACCCAUUUAUAUCUGAGUAUCAGCAACUUAUUUGCACUGUUUUUGUUGUUGUUUUUGCAGCGAAUGCUUCAGUUGUUUUGCACUCUUAUGAAGGACAUUUUGUGGGAACAAACUGACAGCUCAUCUCUCCUGGUUUAAUGAUAAUUACUAAAUGAAAGUGACUCAGACUCUCAUGCAAAUGUGUGCUCGGGACAGUAGGUAACUGUGGGUGCUGAUGAGGAGCUGGGCGGGUGCUGGAGAUGUGUGGGGGGGGUGCCGUAGCGGGUGGCCUUAUGAUGCAAUGUUCUGGCAGCAGUGUUAUGAAACAGCAUGAAGGCAGAGAUUACUCAAACUAGGUUAGUGGAGCAGCUGAGCACAGAACACCUACAGUCACUGAUUCUUUUUUCUGCCUCUCUCUCUUCUCUCUCCCACAGUAACAGACAGACAUAAGUGUGCACAUUCUUUUGUUUUUUCCUCUGCAAAACCAUUUUCCUCUGCCACUUCCUUGUUUCUGCUUAUCUUUAUUUUUAUUUAUACAUUUCCCGGCCUCAAUUGUGUCAGCCAAAAUGAAGCAUAUUGAAACAGCUUGAUGUUUUCAUUCAUGCACACAUGUUCAAAUCCUUAUGUUUCGAGCCUUUUAGACAAUUUUUUUCCUCUCAGCCGCCUGUGUCGGCUGUUUUUUCCCCCUCUUUCGCCCUGUGCACAUCUCCUGCAAAGCCCCUCUGUUCUAUGUCUCCCUUGACAACGGCAGUGACACUUUGACCUUAGCUCUUACAUAACUGCUGCGCAGCUCAGUUCGAAAGCAGAGGAAGCAAAGAGAGAGAGAGAGAGAGAGAAAGAGAGGGAGUGGGAGGAGGAGGGCUUAGGCAUGGCUUCGUAUGUGGCAGACAUUUUGUUGCCCGAUGAUAAAGUAAAAGGUGAGGGAGAAGCAGCAAGGAAGAAGAAGAAGAAGAGCUUAGAGUUUUUGGAGGGUUGCCAGCAGCAGCAUAACAGGAUGAGGGAGCAGAUGGGGGAGGCCGGCAAAAAAAAAAUUAUACAAAAACGGAUGGAUGUUUAUAUCACAGACUGUGUGACAACAAGCAGAACUGCAGCACACACAAAGUGGUAGAAGUGUCCAUGUCACUGUGGAGCAAAACUGUCAUUUAAAGUGACAGAUAUGAAGAGCCUGCAUUGGUUCCCUGAGAUAAAACAGACUGCAAAAGAAUAUUGUAUAAGAGCAGUUUUUUAUGGGUAAAAUGCAACGUUGGUGACUCUCUUUUAUUACAGCGCUGCAGAAGGUUUAGACUCGCUUCUUCAGUGACAAUGUGAAGACACAUGGAUGUCAUCUGAAUGCAGAGAACCAGUCCCACUCACUCUGUUUCUGUGUUUUGUACAGUGGAAAGCUGAUUUUCAGAUUUUCCCACCCACCCGUGAAUCUGCGCAUGGUGCCGACUCUUUGAAUCUCGGACGAGCUGGCAUUUUGUUGUUAUGCAGAAGGUCUCGUUGUUAGGAAUGGCACACAGUUUCUCCUGGCCCAGAUCAAAGCCAGUGUAGCCUUGUGACUCCCCGGGGUUGAAUUUAAAGGCCUCGCUCACAUCAAAGAGUCUUUGUAGGGAUGAGGGCCCAACUGUAACUGAUUGGCUGCACAUGGUUGCAGUGGGGCCCCAUGGCCAAUCCUUCCUCCUUAGCAGCACCGGCUCUUUACAUUCCAGUCUGGCUUCUUACACGCCAUAUUGUAAAUUUUUUGCAUGCAUAUGUGAACUGGGGUAAUUUAACGUACAUUUUUCAUGGACCGUAUUCACCACUUGAUACCCUUUCAUUUUCUAAUUUGUACUAAUUUGUACACAAGUGCUUACACCCACAAAAUGUAUACGUGCUGCACUGUGCCAGACAGUUUGCUGAGAUUAUUUCAGACUCCUGCCAUCCACAGAGCUGUAAUCCCUCACUCCUGCUUCCCUCAUGUUAAUCUCCUGUUUUCUUCUCUCCGUUAAUCCAACCCCCCUCCCUAAAGCCACGGCUCUGUAAUCUGGAGCUAUGAGCUCUGCUGCGUCACUAGGUCAGUGUGUCAUAUGCAGUACUGUCACAAUCUACCCAUCCUCCUCCUCUGCACAACUCCACUUUACAUCUCCGUCCUAUCUCCAUCUUUUCUAUAUUUCAUUCGUCGUUCUUUUUUUUUUAAUCUCCCCAGCUCCUGUUACCACUCUACACUCCCGCACAUCUGCUUCUUUUUCUCUCGCAGUUUCUCCUUAUCAGUUCCAUUUUUUAUACACUUCUCAACGGCAGAGUUUGAUAAAGGCUGCAUGCAGAAUAAAUAGUACGAGUUCAAUCACCGGUCAUAACAACACACAGAUUAUCUCACUGAGCACUCAUGUUGCCUCAAAGUUACAUGCAUCACAGGAAGAACCUAUAUUCUUGCGGUGUCCUUGGCCUGCAUAUCUCUCAGUUACAUUGCGGAAAUGACCUAUUGUUGAGUCUCUAAAAAUACUUUUUGAGCCAGUAAAAAAAUAGAUAAUAUCAGCAUCUGUUUUGAAGCUUUAGAGCGACCUGCACAGAAGUGAACCCUGAUUGUAGUUGAUAGACCAACAAGUAUUUAGGAAUCAAAACCUGGCCAGUCCAUUUGAUACAUGAAAAUAUCCAUAAAUCCAUCUAUUAGCUAUACUUAUUUCACCCUGUAGAGGUUCACAGGCAAAUGGAGCUUCUCCCAGCUGACACUGGGUGAGAAAUGGGAUACAUCCUGGAACGGUCGCCAGUCCAUUGUAGGGCUACCAUAAAGAAACAACCUCCAUGCAUCCUCACACUCACCACUUAAUCUACAAUAUGUGUAUGUGAACAUGUGGGAGGAGCUAGACCACGACUCCAUAGAGAAAACCCCCAGUCAACCGGCUGGUUCGAACCAAGCGCCUUGUUGCUGUGAGGCGACACUGCAAAUCACAUCACCACUAUGCCACAGUAUGUUAAUGAAAGGAAAACUUUGAAUAUUAUUUUUAUGUUUUCACCUUAAGCCUUGACCACUGCACAGCAGUUAAAUGAGGAUUUACUUUAGUCUUAUAGACUGUAUUCUCUGGGUUUUACAUGGAUGGUUUUCUGCCAAAUUUGAAAAUUAUUAUUAUUUUUAUGAUUUUUUUUUCUGUGUAUCUGUUGUUAUUGUUUUGAAAUCAAUGGGCCUCAAGUGAGUUGAAAAAAGGCAAUAUCAUAUCCUAUGUAACAAUCAUAGAUUAUACACAUUUUAAUCAAUCACACUAGUUGAAUGUUAGAAUCUUCAUAAAUAAUAACUUAAGAUUUUUUUUAAAUUUACGUCUAGCCAAGAUAUUUAAUGUUACACAUAGAAAUACCUCUAAAAUAAAUCCAAACAAAUCGCAUUGACUCUGACAGAGGAAAACAUAUUUAUUAGACAUAUUAUAUGUCUAGUGUCUGUUCCAACAAACACCUCCUCCUUCCUGCAAACACAUUUGCUGACACUGAAUUUUACCACUAAUGCCCCUAAACAUUCAAAGCAGGUCAAUGCCUCUCUGCUGUCAGCUCUGAACAGGGAAAUAUUGGUUGUUCUCUAUUCCCCUUGUACAAAUAGUUACACAAAUCAAACAAGCAAUUCACCUCUUUCUACCUCCACAGCAUACCAAUAUGUCUGCCAAAGAGGACACGUCUUUGUUACGUGUUGCUAAAUUUGGACAAGUCUUUAUGGAAAAGUUUUCUUCUGUGGCUGUUUGAAUAUGUAAACGCCAUGCUGACACACAAACACACACCGAGUUACGCCUAUGUUUAAAUUUCUUCAGUAUGUCUGGACUUGUCUUGACAAACAUGAUCAGCAGCGAUUGUGUCGCUGUAUAGCUCACUGUCUCCUUUUCCCUUUCCCCCACCCUUCCACAUUUCUCUUCUUUGUUCCUCACAAAGCAAGUUCAACGUCCACACCCACGAAAGCCUGAAUAGAGGGAGGACUGUGUGGUGUUGACACAGUCACAGUACCGAACAUCUAAUUGAAGUAAUGCAUUAUCAAAACAAACGAUGGCCGUGAUUGACUGAAGUCUGAAUCUGUCCAUAAUCAUAACUGAUAGCAGUGGGCUUUUUAAAAUACGUGUUUGCCUCAGUGUGGAAAAAACUGUGCAGCUCGUGUCUGUGUCAACAUUAACACAGAAAUCUGAUGCAGAUACAAAUGCAUGCCAUGCAAAGAUGUGGCAGGAGUAAAAAGGGGUCUCCAUGGCAACUAGGUUGUGUUUAUCUUGAGUGUGAAUCAACGUGCUUCGCCAUGUGAAGCUGACCCAGUUACACCCAAGUGAGUGCAAAUGCACACACAUAAGGUCCAGGGGUACACACUCUGCAUGCACAUGCGAUCACACGUGUAAUAGCACUUGGACGCUGCCAACAUUAGGAUAUUUCUAUCUAGAAUAAAUAAGGCCAGCGAGUGUAGUGAGUAGAAACAAGUUAUUCCAGUAUCCUGCACAUUUUCCUCAACUGUGGCAAUUCUCACUUCUUUCUCACGUCUCAUUGCUUCCUCCAUCUUCGGCCUGAUGACCUAAAUCUGUUGUGUGCCAUCCACAGGCCACUGCUGGACACCAUCCUUAUCUCACUAGUCUUUCAUCCUCUCAUUUUCUUUUUCCUCCCAUAUUCCCUCAGAUCAUCUACUCCCUUUUUUUUAUACUGCAAGACCUCUAACUGCCUCAAAUGACCUAAUCAGGGAAGAAUGAUAGUUUUCUGAAGAUGACUUCAUAUUCAUGCAUGACCAAAUCACUGAAACACUGAAAAAUCAGUUUUUCUUGUGCAGCUCCCAAGUUGUUUCUGAAGUGGGUUUAUUGUAUUCACCACCCAGAUUUGUGGCAUCUUGCUUAAAUGCCAGUUGCACACAUAUAAUAAACAAAUUCUCACCCCACAUUUUUGUUUAUCAAGACAAACACUGCAUUUGAGAAUCAGGCAUGGGUGAGAUGUGGUAAUUCAGUUCAUAUAUAACCGCCCAGAUGACUCAUCGCCACGCAGCCAGCGGAAACAGAGACAUCCAGUGUUGGGAUUGUGCUAUAACAUGCUGAGCUUAUGUAAUACUUGGAGUUUGCACUUUAGCAUGCUGAUUUAAUGAUUUUUCAGUCCAGAUUGUGAGAACGCUUCUCAGACACAUCACAAGUCACAAGUAAAGUAUGAUCUGAGGUUCAGAAAUUACAGAUGAAUGCUGUGAUUGUUGUCUGUCAUAUUUCCCAUUUACACACAUGCGUACAGUAGAGGAGUUUCUGUGGGAGUGGGUUCUCGAAGCAAAUACAGUAACACACUUUCUGGUGACUGCUCGCUGCCCCCCCAAAAAAGUUGCAGAUAACAGACUGACAGCCCCCACAAACAUUAUGCAAUGAUGGAUCAUUAUGUAAUCUGUAAUCACAACAAAAAGCCUGGGCCAAAGCAUUUUGAAACUGUCUGAGUAACAGAUCCACACGGAGCGAUUGGUGAUUCAUCUGAGCUGAUUGGCACCUGUGAAAGUGCAAAUUGUCUCUGUUGCCUGUGUGCUUGGAUGCCGACUCGGAGGAUGUUAUCACUCAGUCAAUGAAAUGGAAGCUUGUGCAGUGUUUCUCCACAUUCAGGAGGUGUGCAGAAAGUCUGCAUUGCGUCACAGCAGGGAGCAGAGGAAAAGGGAGAGAAAGGAGACAGGAGGGAGGGUGAGCAGGGGCACAGCUGGGGGAGAGAGGGGUGUGUUCUCACUGACCUAGUUAGAGCUAUGGAAACCCCCGCCUCCCUCACCCACCCGCUCCCCCCCACCUCCUGCCUCACUACUGACGUGUAAAGGGCACUUUCAAACACUACCAGACAGACAGAACUGAACGCAGGGAGGCAGGGAGAAGAAGAAGAAGAUAGCCAGGCGGUUAGAGAGAGACGUACAGAUCAACAGACUGGCUGAUCUGAGUCAAGAAAGAUGAGACGGACUGAGACUAGCAGACAAACAUAUCACGCCGUGAUAUAUCAGAUCCGGGUAGAUCUGGGAAAUAUCUCUGUGAAAACAGGAUAAGCCCACAGGGAUUUAAAACUAAUUAAUGAUAACAACAGGCUACGUUGGAAAUACUGAACCCCUUCAUAUCCUGUGCAAUAUUAGAUUUCUGCCUUUGUUUUUCAGAGAAUAAUAUCUUUGAGGCAUGAAGAAGCUUUUAAUAAAAUCUUAAAAUUGCUAAGAAAUGCAAUAACUGCAAAAUACAAGCUGUAAUUACUAAUAAACAGGAUCUAAUCCAACAUUUCCUGUGCUUUUCAGGGUUCCUUUUCUAGAAAUCUUGAUUUUCAAGGGCACUGUAAAGUAAGAUGUGCUGCAAGGAUGAGCAAGUGAACACACUGUAUUGAUUGCAAGUGUUUCACAUAAUUAAGUCACUUUAUCUGCAGAACCAGGCAGCUUUCUAAACCCAGCCUUCAGUGUUUUCUCUUGGAUAAGGGUUUUGUCUUUCUGGUUUCAAAAAAUCCACAUUACAGUUCAGAGGCCGCAGACAAACGGAGCAGAUUACUCCUUUCUUGAAAGCGGACCACAAAACUUUCCUCAAACCAAACUGUUUUACCUAAAAUAGACAUUACAAGUUAAAGGGCAACUUCAUACUUCCAAACCUUCCUGCUCUGUCAUCUGUUUUUGUGUCAUGUAUUCUCAUUAGUUCCGUUUGGCUCGUCCAAAAACUUUUCCAGAUUACAUUUUCAGACACCCCCUCCUUUUUAAAAAGCUCUCAGUUGUUCUUGGUUUCUUUCGUCAAUCGUUCCCUUCCCUUGCUGAGUGAACUUUCAGCCCCGUUUCUGUUGCUGAAGUCCUUGCCUUUGAUGACUGACUGAAAGUUUUCUGUUUGUGUCAGACUGUUUCUGCAAUAUCUGAAGCGUUGUCAUUACAGACACUUUUAUUCCAGUUUGACCCUGAUCACUGUAAAACCAAACACAAUACAGGUUAAGCUCUAAACCCACAAACAUAAAUCAUGAACAUUUAAACACUCAUGACUGUGACACAGACACAAUCACUGUAUGUAGUGUUGCUAGGAGCCAGAAUAAGGAACACGUUUUCAUCUUCUCAACAACUUCUUUUUUUCUUCUUCUUCUAUCCAUGACCUCAUUCGCCCAAGCGGAAGGCCUGCGUACUACAAACUAGCAUUUCUUUGCCCGUCAUUGUCUGUAGUUCUAAAAUAUGAGCGCAGAAUUGGACCAAGGCCUUAUGAAAUAUUACAACGCUGACAAUGAUUCAUCUCAGUCUGAUUUAAAUCUGAUCAAGGUUCACGAUUAUUGUGGACAAACCAGGGAACGUUUCAUUAUCAUUGUUGCUCUUUACUCUGAUAGCAAUGUCCUCCGCUCCUGGAUCAUUUAAAUGUUGUCUGUCAUUGUCAUAGAGACUCAGUAACCAUUAAGUGGACUUAUUCUGACAUUGGGAUUAUGCUUAAUCAUUGUCCAGAAUAUGUGAUAUGAAACGCUGUUGCUUAGUCAUCGCUGAAAACACACCCUCCCUCACAAAUGUGAAUCAGACCUCUGUAGACAAACAAGCACAUAGUUACUGUAAGACAUAGUUACCGGGACAAAAAAACAAACACAAACACUCAUUCUGUGAGGAACUGAAUUCCUCCAUUUCUAAUUAAAUGCUCAUUAACCGGGCCAUCAUUGUGCAGCGCCUGGUUUGCAUGAGUGGCAGCCAGGCUGGCCUAUGUCCAGGCUUCAGCCCAUCUGUCUGAUUGGAUAGAAGAUGCUCUCUGACACUAACCCAUGAAGCAGGUUCGCCGGAUCUGCAUGAAGAUAGAGAAACACCUGCAGAUGUGUUGAUGAUUUCUCAGCCUGUUUCAAUUAGCAGUGUCUUACUGAAUCCAAAAACCUAUUUAGAAAGGUUCUUUCAUAAACAGAUGUUUAAUCCAGAGGUCUGGGGCUGUUCUACUGUCAGCUGCUGACAGUCUUAGGAGAAAUCAUAGGCCACUUUCGCUCAUCAAUCGAUGUAUGACAAUUGAAAAUAAUGUUGGGACGAAACAGUUUCCAGAUCAGAACUGACACACUGACACAUAUUUUGACAUUUGCUGGCCGAUCUUGCAGCUAACAAAAGAAAACACUGACCCAUUUCCCUUUACACUCCAGUGAGCAUUAUGGUUGUAAAUUGUGUCUCUUGCACAAUACAUUUUGCGAUUUCCUUUUCUAGUCCGGCUUUGUCGGUGCAGCUUUUGACCUCCUGCUUUAAUCUCCACCAUAAUGUGCCCUUGUUUCUUUUUGUGUUUUGUUGUUCUCCUCGUUGUUAAAUUAUCGCUUGGAAGGCAUAUUUUUGACAAAAAACUUUAAAAAAAAAAAAAAUAAAUAAAGCUCUGGCUAAAAAAGGCAUGCAGGAAGCUAUAUAAGGUGAAUGCAGAAAUGCAAAAAUAGAAAUAUUUUAAUGAGUUUGUUUCAUGACAUUUGUGUAUCUACGUGUGAAUUUCCAUUAUGCAAAAGUCUGCUCUCAUUGUCACUUGUGGGAAAGGAACUGGUUUUGUGAUCAGCAGAUGUACUCAACCACUAUCUCGCUAUAUGCACGUAUAUUUCCCCGAUGAUGCACAUUUAGCCACAGAGACAGACACAUGUUCAAAAGUAGAGGAAAUGAUGCAAAUGUAGCAGAACUUUGCAUAUAUCUGUAGAAGGCAGAAUUCUUGUGCAGCCCCCUGUAAAAUCAGUUAAGCAAGAUUUAUGAACAAGAGUGCAGCUCAGUUGGACAACUUCUUCAGGAUGACGAGCAACAUAUGCAGCAUCACCACUAAUGCAAGCUGCAAGAGGGAUAUCCUUCAGGGUGUGGGUUAUAGUUCAGUGUUUCUUCUGGGUUUCGUUGUCAAUGCAGCUGCUCUGUGGGCCUUCAUUUCCAAACGGAAAGCCUGGACAGAAACCCACGUCUACAUAUUGAACCUGGCUCUAGCUGACUCCGCUCUCGUCCUCUUCCUACCCUUUAGGAUCUAUGAUGCCUUCUUCUGCAUGCCCGUGUGUUUAUUUUGUACCUUCCUCAUUUACACUCAUUUCAUCAACAUGUAUGCCAGCAUCUGGACCACGGCGGCCAUCAGCGUCCACCGCUAUCUGGCUGUAAGGUUCCCGCUGAAGGCCAGAUCAUGGCGGAAGAAGAAAGAGAUGGCUUUUGUUGCGUGUUUGGUCAUUUGGGUGCUGCUAAUCACAGUGGGAGCCAUCUUCUGGAGGGACAACCACCCCAUAAAUCUCUGGAUGUGCUACGAAAGAUGCAAAAAUAUACCACUUCAUGCACAGUUUAUGGUGCUUCUGGAGGUUCUGGGCUUCCUCCUCCCACUACUGAUUGUGAUGUUCUGUUCCAGUCGGAUCAUCUGUAUUUUGUCAAGGGAGAAAGACAAGUCGGAGGAAAAGAAACGCAGUGUUGGCCUAGUAACAGCAAACAUGAUUGUGUUUAUAGUUUGCUACACACCGAUUCAUGUUGCCUUCAUAGUCAACUACUUCAAUGUUGUACCUUCAAACUGGACGUCUGUAUAUAUACCUCAACACGUGUAUUUACUUGUGUCUGAAUGGAUCGCGUCCACAAACUGCUGUUUUGAUUCCGUCAGCUAUUAUUUCUUAUUGAAAAGAGUUUAUUCAGUAAGUCAGCGAAGGCCUCAAAAUUCCUGUAUCUAAAAACAGCAUUUGAAUUACAUUGGCAGGAAAGGUCUCACGUCAUGUCUCAUUCAUAUCAUAUCAGAUUUACUGUAACUGCCAGUUUCCACCUGUAAAUAGUUCAUGUAGACAUCCGAGUCAUAAUUAUAACCAAGUUUAAUUUUUCUGAAUGCUAUGAUGCAUCUGACUAGCUCCUAAAAACUAUGGAGUAAUAAAACACCCUACUCAGUGUAAUCACACUUGGCCAUUAAUAGUGUGGUAUGAUAUUCAUUGAAGAAAUUGUUGGUUGAUUGAUUGAGACAGCUCCAUUAUCACUUUCCUUCCCACAUGAAAUGAUUUCCACAUAAUGAAAAUGCAACUGAGUUGCGUUAUGGGAAUUGUAGGAAGCAGAUUGAUACAUUCUAGGCUACCUCAGCUUCAUGUUUUUGACAAUUUUUGUUCAGUCUGCUGUAAGUUCUUCAACUUCUUGGCACUGCAAUACAAAAAUGGUGGGGCGCUUCUUUAAGUUAAGAGUAUGCUAUAGGACAAACAGGCCAGGGCGUUUUUGAACUUUUUUUUUUUUUACUUGAUUCUGUUUUAUGUAUAACAAUGUGCACUGAUCAGCCACAACAUUAAAACCACUGACAGGUGAAGUGAAUAAACUGGAUCAUCUAGUUACAAUGCAGGGUUCUGCUUGAAAACCAUUGGCCCGGACAUGCCUAUGGCUGAUAUUUUGACACGUAUCUUCCACCAUAACAUUACUGCAGACCAAACAGCAAUACCAGAUGACAGCGGCUUCUUCCAGCAGGACAAUGUGCUUCUCCACACUGCAUAAACUGUACAGGAACAGCUUGAGGAGCACAACACAGAGAUCAAGCACUGACCAGGUCUUCAAACUCUCCAGAUCUCAAUCCAGAACAUCUCUUCCUGGGAUACAUGUAUAUAAGGAUCUGUUUUGGUGGCACCAGGGAGACCUACACAAAAUUAGGCAGGGGGUUUUACUAAUGUGGCUAAUUUUACUGUAUAAUGUUUCUAUUAAAGUAAAUGUUCAGUUGGAUAACUGUACACUUAUUUUGUAUAUAUGGAUGAUUUUAGGCAUUCUUUACAUCUGCUUGGACAAUGUCAUUACCUUGCUUGUAUUAACUCCUCAGCUGCCUCAGUAAUGUCUGUGAAUAUGUGUGUGUUUUGAGAAAUAAAUAUCUACUAUCUAACUCA